AUGCCUCUGUGUAUGGAACGCUAUACAUACCUUGGAAGUUGCAUAACCUCUGAAGGCAGUGUGACAGACAAUGUCAACGCACGAGCCCCAAAAGCGGGAAUCACGGUUACCGACUUGCACCGCUUGCGGUAUCAAAAAGGAAGAUCAGUGGGUCUCAAUAGACGUGUUGUUUGCUGCUAUACGGCUGCGAUGCUUGGCCACUCCAGGGGUUUUGCAGAAAAAUACAUUGUGCGUCUAGCCGCUGGCGUCCAAACGAUGUGA